AUGGGGAAAAUGUUUGAUGAGAAUCCUGUUAGCACCUCUUCAAACUUAAUCACCUCUCUUCUGAUAAAAAAUGCGUCAAUUGCUGAUCUGUCGAACUUGAAUACUCUAGGUAUCGGAGAUCCUAUUGAAAUAAAAUCUAAAGAAGCGACACAUCAAUUAGAUAUGCAACAGUUCCAGCAAACGGUGAGAAGGGAUAAAGAAGGUCGUUACUUCGUGAAGCUGCCUUGGUUAGAAAAACAGGAGAUUUUGAAGGAAAAUAAAUUGGUUGCAGAGCGCAGGUGUACAACUACAGAGAAACUUAUUAAGGAAGGCAGAUAUGUAGAUUAUGAUGCUGUUUCCCAGGAAUGGUUAGCAGAAAAUAUUAUUAAAGAAGUAUCACCUUCGGAAGAAAAUAAAAUUCCAUGCCAUUAUUUACCCCAUCGAGGCGUUUUCAAGAAAAACUCCACCACAAACGUUCGAUCCGUUUUCGAUAACUCUUGUAGAUCCGGUCAUUCUCCAUCACUCAAGGAUGUUCUAGAAAAAGAACCAAAUCUCUUAGAGAAAAUCCUUCCACUACUACUGAGGUUUCGGGAAAGAUUGAUUGGCAUCAUUUCGGGCAUAAUAAAAGCCUUACAGAUUUCUAUUCCCGAAGAAAAUCAAGACUGUUUGGGAUUUUUAUAG